GUGCCUACAGGGGGGGUUCAAGUCUCGCUGUGGCAGACUGAUCAUAUGACAGCUGCAUGCGUCCCACUCCUUCACUUCCCCAGUGGAAAACGCCACAUCUGACAGGGAGGGAGAGACAGACAACCACGACAGGGGAGUUUCAACACCGACCUCAAGAUGCUGGCGCUUAUAAACCGGCUUUUGGACUGGUUCAAGUCUCUGUUCUGGAAGGAGGAGAUGGAGCUGACGCUGGUCGGCCUCCAGUACUCGGGAAAAACAACAUUUGUAAACGUGAUCGCUGUAAGUCUUCAGCUGCUAGCCGCCUCCUCCUCGCUAUACAGACUAGUGCUAAUAUCAUUAGCCUCAAUAAUGGGAUAACAGUGACCGAGCUCGGUGUGUGUGCUAACGCUACACUGUCUGUUUCCAUCAAAACAAACCCGAAACAGAGUCAGGCUGAUGGUUUUGUGUCAACAACACAGCUGAGAUGACUAGUUUGUAGCUGGUGGAUCCGUAAGUAAGCUAGUUGCUGACUGUGUUAUUAUGGUUGUGUCUCAGGCUAACACAAACCGCAGCAUACCUGCAUUUGCUUUGUUAUGACUUCAGUCUCUUCUAAACUGUGGGUUCAUUUCUGAAUCAGGGCGAGGCUGUCUGCAGUUUCCAGUCACUACAAAGUCAGUCUCAGACAUUUCCGACCAUUACAGCAAAACACACACAGACACGGACACAUUGUGGUAUUUAUGUACACGUCUCCUCCUGCAUCGAGUUUGAUUUGACUUAACCCCAACACAAACAAAUAAGGAGCCUGGGUCGUUUAAUUUCCGGCUUUUGUAGCUUUAACUUGAACAAAUGUAGAGAAAUGAUGGUGUAGGGGAGAGUGGGGUAAGUUGAGCCACCCCCUGUUGCUUGAAAAUGGUAAAAGAAAUUGAUCAUGUGACCAAAUAUUUAGGAGAUGGGCAUCAAUUCAUGGAGUCUGUGAAAGGGUUAGAAGUACAAAUAACUCUUGAAUGUGAAUUUAGUCUGUCAUAAGUUUUAUUAGAAUUGUGUUCAGACCAAAAAAGAUUAUUUUAAAUGUGUUUUAUACAAAAAUUGUGGUAUCUAUGAGCUACAUCAUGAGAUCAAAAACCACCAUUUUAGCUUAGAGGACUAUAAUAGUUGUUCUGGGGCAACAGAAAGUAAAGGAGUCUGAUGAGAGGAUCAGAGUUUUAGUUCAGAUUGUUGAAAUGUUUUACUUUUUCUUUUCAAAAAUACAGCUGUGAAUGUUCUGAAUCACUUAAAGACAUUCUCAUGUUAAAAUGGCUUUUUACAAAACAGCUUUUUAGCAGUUAUAUGUAUUAAUUGCAAUAAAAAUAAUUAUUGUACCAGUUGAAUAGUAUAAAAUAGAUAAAAAAAACAUAUUAAUGUGAAGAAGUGACUGUUGUUUAGGGAGAGAGAAGGUGAGGGAGGGCUAGGAUGGAGAGUGGGGGGGUUAGUAGGGAUACGGAACUUACCCCGCUUAUUUUUGGCAUGCUAUAUUAUCAAGACAGUUGUGUUUACACUCAUUCUGUUGGUUUGCAGGGAUGAACAACACCUAGAAAUAUAUGCAGAUACACUAGUGAGAGACAAAAUUAUGAUUGCCUUGAUGUAGUGAUCCCAAAUAUUAAAAAAUGGCUCAUCUUACCCCUCUCUCCAAUGCCAAUAGAUGCACCAUUAUAGAUGCCUAGAUUAUACAUUGCAAUGCACAAAAACAGCCAUUAAUGCUUUGUAUUCUAACUGUGCAACAUGGUUCCGCUGUUGUAGCUCUUGUAGUAAACAGACAGACGUUUCUGUGUUUCUCCAUGACCUCUUGUGACUGAGAUGAGAAGCAUCCGUAGGAGGUAUUUCCCUUGUGCAACCCAGGGUGGGUUUCUCAAAGCUGGUGUUUCUGGUGUAGCAAUCACUCAUUGGCUAAUAAGCAGACUGCAACAGAGUUUUUUAGCACCACAUGGUUAAAAGUGAUAAAGAAUUUCACAGCUCUCGCACACAUGUGUCUACUCAAAGUUAUAUCUAGAUGUGUCUCACAGUCAUUCAAGUUUUACAUUUUGUCCAGCAUCAUGUGGUCUGCACUGAUAAAUAAAUACACUUGAAUUCAGAGAGAGAUGAGUUAGAUACUUUCACUGCACCAGCAACAGUUUCAAUUAUAUUAGAUAAUUAUAUUUGCGAUGAUUAAGAAAUGUUUCAGGCAUUUCCUGUGUGCCUUUCUUGUCACGUUGUUUAAACCUCUCAAUUCCUGUUAAGGCCAUUUCUCUGCUUUUUUAUAGCAUCUUAAACUUGUAUCUCUUUUCAAACUUUUCAGCAGUGAAGAUUGGAUUUUAGGUUUUUUUUGAGCAGCAAGGUACAAAUAGCUAGAAAUAGCUUCUUAAUCUAAUCUUUACAGAUCAGUAUCAUAAGAUUAUUAGUUGAAGUUAAAAAAAGUGACAAAACUGUUGCAGCACUGAACAGACUUACAUCUUUCAAAGCUUAAAAUUAACUUUGUGCUUUAGAAAACUGUUCUGAAUUUUUAACAGUCUUUCUAAGUCUAAUUAAUCCGACAAAUUUAUGAAGAAAUUAAAUGGUCAACAGGUCAUCGUGAAAAUGUGAAGAAAAACCAAUAACAGUUCUGCCUCAGCAGAGUAACAGGUGUAACAGGUCUAAGUUGAAAAUUGUUUAAGGAACAUUUCAGAGUUGGUAAAAAGGUUUUUCAGUAUGCCUGCUGUGUCAUCUUUCAGGUCUGAUGUCCGAAGAGGAAGUCGUGUUAGGUGCUGGAAUAAAACCCUGAUUUCCUGCUUAGCCUAGAUGUAUAAAAAACAAAAAGCCCUGGUUCUUAGUGAAUGAUUGUAGCUGUUCAGAGUUGUUCCUCCUCCUUCAGCAGUCAUAAGACCAUUGCUCUCAUUUCCACUUAGCUUCAUCAGGUGACUCAGGCAAGUCAUGUGCUGAGAAAUGUGUGGACAUCAGACAGUGGAGGGCAGUAGGGGAGGAAAUAAUAACAGCUUGUGAGGUCUGAUGUUAAAGGGGAACGAAUAAAAAAACCUACACUUUUUAAAAAAAUGGCAUUGUUGAAGUUUUUCUUAACACUUGAUAACCCUUACUGCACUAGUCCCUGGCUUUGUUUGGACAUAAUUAAGCAGGAAAUAGAAUUUGACUGUAAUAUUUACAUUUGCAUUUCAAAUUAAACUUUUAAUAACAGAUUUCUUUGUUCUUAAUUUGUUUUUAAAAGUAGGCAAAACUUUGAGUACAAGCAAUACCAUACCAUUUGGUUUCUCUGCUUUCAGUCUGGGCAUUUCAGUGAAGACAUGAUCCCUACGGUUGGUUUCAACAUGAGAAAGGUCUCCAAAGGAAAUGUCACCAUCAAGGUAUUUUAACCUCUCUGUUGUUAUCACAAAGUAAUAAAACGAAAUGAAACCAGCAGGCCUCUAUGGAGGUGUUAAAUUCAUAUUUAAUGAUGCCUUGUAAUGUUUCUGCAGAUAUGGGACAUAGGUGGGCAGCCAAGGUUCAGGAGCAUGUGGGAGCGGUAUUGUCGGGGAGUUAACGCAAUUGUGUGAGUAUAAUCUCAGCUUUGAUUCUGAAGUUUGUCAGAAAAGCCGCAAACACUUUUUGAUCGAUGUUUUCGUUCUGACUCAUUUUCAGGUACAUGGUUGACGCAGCAGAUCGGGAAAAGGUUGAGGCUUCCAGAAAUGAGCUUCAUAAUUUAUUAGACAAACCCCAGUUGCAAGGAAUUCCAGUAAGUUACCUCCUGAAAGUGCAGUGUUUGAUUUUUGCACCAGCAGUAUGCAAGCUUUGUCUUGAUAACUGCUGCAGGUACAGAUCUUGAUUGAAAUUUUGUUUUCAGGUUUUGGUGCUCGGUAACAAAAGGGACCUCCCCACUGCUUUAGAUGAAAAGCAGCUCAUCGAGAAAAUGUGAGUCUGGAUCAGUCCAAUCAUUUAACAUAGGUUUUUCCCUGAUAAAAAAAAAGGUCUUUAUGUAGCCUGAACUUUAAGUGGAAUUUUGGUUUUGACUUUAUAACAUAAGCAAUUUAAUAUCCCUUUUUGCUUGUUUACAUAGCAUGAUUUUCUACUCAUAUCUGUCUCGGUUAAGUCAACUGUGUUUAAGUCAGAAUCCUUUUUUUCUUUUUUAAAGCUUGAGCUGAGUUCAGAUGUAUAUAACUGAAGGGAAGUGGCUCCCUCUGCUGACGGAUCAUAAUGAAUGCAUAUCUAUGUUUAUGUUUUAUUUAUUUUAUGCUUUAUGCACUUUUCCUUCACAGGAAUUUGUCAGCUAUUCAGGACAGAGAAAUAUGCUGCUACUCGAUUUCCUGCAAAGAAAAAGACAACAUUGGUGAGUUUCAGUUCAUGACCUCAGAAUCUGUGUGUUAUUUUGUUAAACUUACUUUUAGACUUACAAUCAUCCAGCAGACUUGUGAUACUGUAACUCACAGACCAAGGCUGAAAAAGAUAUAAUGACUAAAUCUCUGACAUAUUAUCUACAUUGGACUUUAGCUUUUGUCAUUUAAACAUCUUCAAAACUAUAUUUUUAAACCUCUUGAGAUUAUUUAUUGUACUUGUUUACUAUCCCUACAUUGUUUCUUAUUACACAGGGAGUGGUCAUACAAAUUUUCAUCGUUCUUUAGUGUAAUGAUAACGCUUUAUGUCAGAUUCCGAAAGACUACAUUGAAUUGGUCGGUGGGAGUUGCAUUUUUUUAGCAUUACUUAUGCUACAGACCUGAUCAUGUCGGCUUCUUACAUUUUAAACAGUCCUUUAAAAUGCAUUUGUAAAAUGUAUUUAUAUAUGUAGAAAUGUUUUGAUAAACACAAUACUAAACUAUUGAAGUGACCCUUCAACAAACACUAACAGAUUUAUGUCGUAUGAAGCCCAGGGGACAACUGUAAUUAGUGCUCAGGCCUGAAAAAAAGUACUUUAAACUCCAGACUUUCUGCUCAACAUAAAAUCACUCCUGAAUAUAAUUUCUCAGAAUGACUUUGAGGUAUUUUGUGGAACCUAGUUUAUCCAGCAUUUCUAAAAUGGGUCAAAAAUUUAACUAUUUCAAAAACCUAAUCACCGUACAGUUCAACCGUUAUAAAAAGCAUAAUGAUAAGUUUCUUGUCCUGUUUUUAAAUGAAGGAUUUUCGGUUUAACUGUGUCACUUUGACUUCUGAUGUCAAGUUUGAGUUUUCUAUAUGAUCAAUACUUUUGGUGUAAAUUAGGAGAAUCAUUGCAGCAACAAACACUUUCCUUUAACUUAGAUGUAUCCCAAAAUCACAUCUCGUUUUUGCUGCUGGGGAUUUUUCAAACACCUGACUCAUAAUGCAGUUUUCACACCGCUACAACAAUGUUUUUAUUCAUUUCAGAUAUCACACUUCAGUGGCUCAUCCAGCACUCGAAAUCCAGGAGGAGCUGAAAAUGCAGGGGUUAUUUUCCAGCUGUGUUAGCCAUGUUACUGUCAUGCCACACCCCCACCACUCUACGUUGUUGUACAGUCUUCUACUCACAUACUGCACUGUUAAGCUUGUGACACACACACACACACACACACACACACACACACACACACACACACACACACACACACACACACACACACUUUUUUCCUCUCUUUUUACAUUGUGAUGUCUUCAUAAACCCCAAAGAAUGCACUACUUAAAAAGAGACCAAAUUUAAGGAAUACAAUUGGCAUUAUCAGCUUGCAGAGCUGGACUCUACUCUGACUUCCAGUAAGACCCUCAUUUCUGAUCUACCUUUUGCUAUUCAUGCAUUAUCGGUCAAUGACGCCCGUUAGUUUGUAACACUAAUCUCGGGUAUGAAACCACUCUCUUGAGAGGAGUGCUGAUUCUGUCAAACAGGCAUCAAUAAGGAUAAUUUUGUUUUUAACACAGUCAGACAUCUUUCCAGGAGACAUGGCGGUUUUCCUAUUCCUGUCAUCUUUUGCUUGAUCAUGUUUUCUUCUACUUUAAAAACAUAUCUGUUGUUAUAGAAAACUGUGCAUUUAAGAAAGUAAUUUGAUGCAGGUCUGUACAAAUAUCAAGCUAGUAUGAUUUUUACUGAUGUGAGAUGUGCGUGUAUGAAUAUAUGAUUCUAUUUAAAGUCUGAAUGUACUAGACGUAAAGCUACAGGAUUGUGUGGUUAGUGUUGGCCCCUGUUUGUCAGUCGCCUUGGUGGAAUGAUGUCCUUUGUGCUGCCUGGAGGCUGAGAGAGCGGCAGAAUUCAAAGUGCCUUUUGCAAUGUCUCUCACCUCUGAGGCGAAAGCAAAGCGGUGCGCAAGGUGUGCCUACCUGGGCAGAUUAAAUGGAAAAAACAAAACACCACUUCAAUAUAUUCAAGAAAUAAAAGGCAUGCUUUUUAAUUUAGACAAUGUCCUGUUAUUUGUUCACUGAGCUGUGAAUACAUUUUUAAUUGUUUUUCUGCGUAUUUAUGGAGAUUAGUAAUUGUAAAGGUCCUCAGAUGGUAUUUGUGUCGUCUGAGAGUGCAAAGAAAAGCUGAACUCAUUUCGAUUAAACUGUCUUUUUCUUUUUACUUUCAAUUUAAA